AUGAAACAACUUAGUAUUGAAAGAUUAUCACGGUAUUUGUCUCAAAGAGCACCAAUCCGGGAACUUUUCACUGAAUAUUCCUUUCCCACCUCUUACGAAGAGCAACUCCAACUAGUACCUCAUCUCGAAACAAUUGCAAAUCAUAAUGGAUACUAUUUGCGUAUGUUUUUGAAAAAAUACCUUGAACAGGUAGAAUUACAUGCUGGAGGUGACAUCGAUGAUUCGCUUUAUGAUAUAAUGGCUAGUGUUAUAGCGGCAAAGGAAUUAGACCCAACAGAAUAUGAUUAUCUCACUUAUCCAAUAGUAUCUAAUGAGAUGAUCAGGAUGCGAGAGAAUCCAAGAAUUAUCAGUGGAGCCAAUACUACGGGGUUCCGUACAUGGGAAGCGGCCAUUUGCUUAUCUUUAAUACUUAAGUCAGAUUCUGUAUGGAAUACUUACUCUGAUUCGUCUGUCACUGUGGUUGAAUUGGGAAGUGGAACAGGCUUAGUUAGUCUUCUGUUACUUCAACGCCAUAAAAAGUCUCCAUUUCUUAAAGAUAUUUAUAUAACAGAUGGUUCUGUUGAGCUUGUGGAGAAUUUCAAGUCAACGCUAACUCUUAAUGGAUUUGAUCCCCAUGACAAAAAUUUACAUUUGCAGCAAUUAUUAUGGGGUGAUAAUAUCGAAAAUUCUACUGCAACAUACAGAAAUACAGAUGUAUUGGUUGGAGCAGAUAUUACCUAUGAUUCUUCAGUUUUGCCUUGUUUAAUUGAGGAAUUGAAAUAUUUCUUCACCAAUUCAAUACAACAAUAUCCUCAAGCCAUUAUAGGUGCUACAGUAAGAAAUGAAGAAACCAUAGUAGCUUGGGAAUGUCAUUUAAAUGAGAACUUUGCGGGAAAAUGGUCCGUUAGCCGGCCAGACUUAAAUGACGAUGAAUUUCUUGGUGAUAUAUAUAUUAAGAAUAAGACUUGGCCCAUUAAUAUAUACUUUAUUGGUUAA